UCUUGUCCUCUCUCUGACAGAACUCACACUGACAGCACAUGAUCACGUCUCCAUGUUACCUGCUGCUGAUGUGUGGUGUGUUUGUGCUGGUCCUCAGGGCGCGGUGUGGACUCUGUUACUCUGGGUUAUAGGCUGCAGGACCUCACGGAUGUCCAGGUGAUGGCCCGACUGCAGGAGGAGAGUUUGCGUCAGGACUACGCCUCCUCCUCGUCUGUGAACCGUCGCAGCGCCAGCUUCUCCUUCCAGCGCGGUGAUUCGCACCUGGACGAGGACGAGGACGAGGAGGAGGAUGAUGAAGAUUACGGUCAGUUACCGCCGCCGCAGCCGCGUCUGAGUCGAGCCGGACCGCUGCCGCAUUCACACACCUUCAGCAGCAUCAGGGACUGGACGCAGACGCAGACGCAGACGCACUGCAGAGACACGCAGCCCGGCCUCAGCUGCAGCUCAGAUAAGCUGAGGAGGAGUAUGCCGAACCUGCUGCUGUCUGCGGCUCUGAGUCCAGCGCUGCGGCCGGCGUCCGUGAAGAGCAGCCAGAGCUUUGAGUCGUGCGGUGCUCUGACUCUGACGCGUCUCCAGAGCUGCAUUCCUGCUCCGGCGCAGCUGCAGAACCGCGUGCAGAGCCUCGGGAGCUUCUCGUCCCGUCAGCAGCUCAAAGCCACCGCGUACGUCAGUCCCACCAUCAAGAGCUCCUCCGUCAGUUUACAGAGUCUGUCUGUCAGCGGGAUCCCUAAAGCAGCCGCGUCUCAGAUCCCGUCUCGCAGCGGUCUCCCGCGGCCCGCGGCCUUCAUCCCCAGCGGCUCCGGCCCUCGCAGCAAACUCACCGCACCCCUGCGCAGUGUGGCGCCGCUCCGCGCGCUGCGUGACGGGUGUUUCUGACGCGGCUCGGAGCGUCCUGCAGGUGUCCUCCUCUCCUCCAGAGCAGACGCAGCUCUAUGCAAACACAUGCUGCUAAACCAGUCGGGCUGGAACUCAACAACCUGAAACGGUUUGUACGAUUGCUUGAAGUUGGAAUAUGAUUCACUUUUUAUGAUUUCAAAAGUUUUAACCAAAUCUCAACAGGUUUUUAACUAUUCACAGGUAUGAAAGACUUUAAUGUGAAUAUGUUUAUAUGAUUAAUAGUGCUUUUAAUAACUUCUCACACUCUUAAUCACUGAUCUGUAUGGACCAAUUAUUGCACCAUUUGUAAACGUAUUAAUGUUUUGAUUAUAAUUGUUCUUGUUGUAUUAAUUUGAUGUUGCACUUUCACUGUUAAUGUUUAUUUUAUCGUUGCAGGAUGCUUUUUAAAGGCCACAGGUGUAGCACUGUAUUUAUUUGAAAGUUAUCUUCUCAUCUUGUUUUUUUUUAUUUAUUAUGUAAAAUAUAUUUAAAAGAGCGUUCUUCAUGUUUGCACAUCGUUUUUGUAAAUGCGCCACAGUUUUCUUCUUAAAUAUUU